GACAUUGGACAAGUGCUAUGAACUUCAGGAAGGUCAAUGGAUGACUAAGUUUACAUGGAGCAAUUAUACUUUUAUCGGUGUCUUUUUAGCGAGAGCGAACCGAUAAGAUUUACGCUUCACACCACCAAAUACUUCACGAUGCUUUAAUGUUUUACUGACAACGCAGGAAGUAUGUCAGAGGCGUCCAGUCACCCGUCCACACCUCCUCACUCCAGGCUGCGCUCUCGACGCAAGAACUACCAGUACGUCUCCCACUCCAUACGCUCCAAAAACGUCUACCACGGAAAGCGCGCCAGUCCCAUGUCUCCGCCUGGUCAUGUGACCUCUCCGUCUCCAGGGGGAUCCAAACCAGCACUGAAACCAAAACCGGGGAGAGUUAAUAAUACGGUGGAGGGGAUGGAGUUUAAGUUUGACCCUGUGUUUAUUGCUAAGCUGAACCAAGCAGGACUUGGUAAUAGAGGAAAUAAAAGGAAUAGCAGGCCUCCCAUCAGUCCCAAACCAAGGUUACUCACUGAUAACAAAUCUAACAAUGCACAGGCAGACGGUGAAAAAAGAUGCAGCAUUACAGAGAUUAAAGAAAUGUUUGAGGGAGACUCUGCCAGGAGUUCGCUGGAAAGAAUAAAGGAACAAUUUGAGAGCAGGACCGCAGUGAAUACUAAGAGCUCUGCAGCAAAUCAAGGGAUCUCUAAUGGGUCCAGUUCUGGUCCCAAGCCUUCAGUUAGAAGAGGAAAAGUAGCAUCGAGGUCUUCUGACCCUGAAAAACCAAGGGUUACAUCACCAGUGACAGAGUUUAAAAAUAAAUUCCAAUUGGCAUCUGUGUUGAAUCAAGCACAACAAAUUGUGAAACCUGCAGGUUCGGGUAAUCAGGUUGGAGCUGUGUCAAAUUCUACUGACUUCCACACUACACACAAGGAAGAAACACACGAAUCGUUUUCUGGCAUGAAAAGGGUUCCUGUUGCAAAGCCCAGGAACUCACUGCACAAGAAAGAGCCCUUAACUCAGGCAAAACUAAAUAUAUCUCUAGAUCCCAAGCUUGUUGAAAAAUUUCAGAGUCAGGAAAAUAAAAGCAGUGCUGCAGCAGUGAGAGAAAAACCUGUUUUAAGACCUAAGCCAAAUGGAAAUGACAUCAAAGCAAGAAUAAGUGAUUUUUCGAGGAAAAGUUCUGACAGUUCAGGAGCUUCUAAUACUCAGAAAAACUCUUUGACAGAUAUGGGAGAUUGUUCUAGAAAUCCUAGAGUAAGCCAAGUUAGUCAGCUUAAAGAACAGUUUCUUCAGGGUGCUGCUCAAAAGCCUAACAUUCCUACAAAGACUAAUGACAUCACGUCUAAAAGCAGUGGCAUCACAACCAAAAACGGUGACAUCAUAACCAAAAGUGGUGACAUCACAACCAAAAACAAUGACAUCACAGCUCCACCUAGUCACCAACAUUCCAGCCACUCCAAAGACAAAUCAAAAACAACUACUCAACCAGCAAAGGAGAGCCAGAGAGACAGUGAUAAUAAAAGAGAAUCCAAAACAUUCCAUGUGUUGCCAAAACCACACCAAGUGAAUAGAUCUCCCAGAGACAAUAGCUAUGCCUAUGACGAUGUGGUGUUGACAUUCCCCACGAGGUCCAAUCCUGAGGAGGUCCAGUCCAGGAAUGGGAGGUUACCCCUCACCAUGGAUAGAGAAAGGGCAGACAGUUGGUCAAGUGCAUGUUCAGAUGAUGGACGGCCCUUCACAGCCACCUUUGCCCCAGGAGGAAAGGACAGCGGAUCAGACAAUCAGUCCCAAGAAGCAGAUGAAGGUUGGAUUGAUGAGGAGGUCAUUGAAGAGAAUACAACCAUGCAUAUACUGCCUGUCACAAGGAAAAAGAAAUCAACCACCCUAAGAAGGCGUGUCUUGAAACAGCUCCAUCUACAGUUCGAAAAUAUCAACCAGAGAAAGCGAGCCUCAUUAAAUCGCCAGAGUACAAAAACCAGAGAGUGUCGUAGAAAGUCUCUGCCCCGACAGCGUUAUCUCUCGGACCCACUGAAACAUGCACAGAGCGAGACCGUGGUUGUCGAGGACAUUUAUGAUGAUAACGAAAUUAUACCCCAAGGUGAGGAGGAGUGGGAGUCGGCAUCAGAUGAUGGAUAUGAAGAGAUAGAUGAAGAGGACGGUCCUGUAGAACUCACUGGAUUUAAAAAACUGACAAGCUAUGAUGGACGCUCUGAAACCUCUGAGAGUCGCAUUUCAGAGGAAAUUGUACUGUUGCCAACCAGAAAAGAAACUGCUAAGGUGUCUCCAAAACUUAUGUCAAAAUUCAAGAGUAAAAUUAAUAAAGCAGCAUCACAUUUUACAAUUGCUACAAAACAUUUAAAGAAAGAUUUGAAAAUCAGCUCUGAUGACUGUAGCAUUGGUAUGGGCAAACAGAACAACAAACACCUCGAACAUAGUCACAGUGUGGCUUGUCUUGACAGUUGGGAGGAGUCACAUGAAGUGGUGCCACCUGAACAAAAUAGUCCCGUGAUAAUCGUACCACAUAAAGGUCCCAUAUCGCCUCCCAUACCUCGAAGGGUGGAAAAACCUAAACCAAUUCCUGCGUCUAGAGGCAAACCACGCUCAGAUUCUGAUACGGAUCAAUACAACACAUUCCAAGAUUUUACUGCGGGAUCUGCUUCUAGUGAUAUUUCCGGUAAUUUUGACUCAAAGGGCAUUCCAGAUAUUACAGGGAGUCCCCCCGUACCUCCUCGACUCACCAAACCCAGAGGGGUCACCAUGGCAACAGUGCAUGGUCAUCUUAAUAACCAAGAAACUAGAAAUAGCCGUGCCCAGUCGUUUGAUAUAGAUUCCAGUCACCUGAAGGCCUCACAUAUCGGGGAGCAAGGCAAGGCAAGGUCUGCUGAGGAUAUAGCCACACAGUACGACACUCGCCCUCCACCUCCCUUGCCCAGGAGUGGGCCUCAGAAGCCCCCAAGAUUAGACCAAAAUGAGGAAGCUAACAAUUUUGUAGCUGGUGGUGGUGAUAGCUCACUUGCGGGAGUAGAUCGCGAUGGGUACGAGCUGGUGACUCUGCCUGCGCCAGGUGCAGUGCGCAUGCGGCAUAAAGCUGCUUUGAUAUCCAAAGAUGAAAUGGCGCGUUUUUCCUUCCCUGCUGCUCGUAGCAGUCCUUUGGGUUAGUUAAAUGCUUGCUAACAUUGAUUUAGCGAGAAUGGCCUACUAUGUU